AUUGGCCGAGCUGCGCAGCUUUGAGCACGUGUGUGCACAAGUUGUGCUCUCGGAUUGGAGCGAGGGCUUGCUUAUCCAGCAUGCCUUUCGGGUCACCUGCCGCCCCGGGCCUCGGCAUUCGGUUCCCGGGGCUCGCACGUUCCAUUCCCAGGCGGGUCCCGGGGCUUCAGGCUCCUCACUGCGUCCUCGGGUCGGUGCGCUGACGCCGGGACGCAGGCGACCAUGGCGGAGUUCUCACAGAAGCAGAGGAAGCAGCAUGGCAGCGAAGGCCUGGGCAGUGUAGUGGACUUCCUUCUGGCUAAUGCUCGGCUGGUGCUAGGGGUGGGCGGGGCUGCAGUGCUGGGCAUUGCCACCCUGGCUGUAAAGCGGCUCAUCGACAGGGCCACUAGCCCUCGGGAUGAGGAUGACACCAAGGGGGACAGCUGGAAGGAACUGAGCCUGCUGAGAGCCACAUCACACCAACAGCCCCAACCCCCCCCUGCUGCCCUCAGCCAGCCCAUAUCUCUUGUGUCCCCCUCACCCUCUGCCCCAGUGGAGCCCACACCUGCUCAUUCUCAGACGACACAGACACCUCAGCUCAGCUCCCUAGCACCCUUGUGCCUGACGUUCCAGGAGAAGCUGCUGGCAUUUGAGCGCAGUCAUGUGAUUAUCCCAGAAGCCCAUGUGGCUUUGGUGAAACAGCUGGCUGGAGACAUUGCCUUGGAGCUGCAGGCCUACUUGAGGAGCAAAUUCCCGGAACUGCCCUUUGGUGCCCUUGUGCCAGGUGGGCCUCUCUAUGAUGGGCUGCAGGCAGGAGUUGCUGAACGUGUGCGCCUGCUAGUGCCCCUGGAGUUAGAGCCAGAUCUGUGGAGCUUGAUACCUGGCAUGGACACUGUGGCCAGGGAACCUCGAUGCUGGGCUGUGCGCAGGACCCAGCUUGAGUUCCAUCCCCGUGGGCGAAGCCCAUGGGACCGCUUCCUAGUCGGGGGUUAUCUCUCCUCCCGUGUCUUGUUGGAGCUGCUAAGGAAGGCCCUGGCAGCCUCCGUCAACUGGCCAGCCAUUGGUAGCCUACUUGGAUGUCUGAUCCGGCCCAAUGUGGCUUCGGAGGAGCUGCUGCUGGAAGUGCAACAUGAGCGUCUGGAGUUCACGUUAGCCGUGCUCAUGGUGGUCCCUGGGGCCAGCACUGAUGACCGCCUUCUGCUAGCAUGGCCCCUGGAGGGGCUGGCUGCCAAUCUCUGGCUACAGGAUCUAUAUCCAGUAGAGGCUGCCUGUUUGCGGGCCCUGGAUGACAAGGAUGCUGGUACUCGCCGCAGGUUGCUGCUGCUGCUGUGUGGUGUAUGUCAUGGCCAUCCAGCUCUGGUGCGGUUGGGCUGGAGCCACCUGACCCAGGUGGUUCUGCAUCUGGGUGAAGAGGAAGUGGCCUGGACUGAGGAGGCCUUGGGGGAUCGAUUUCUGCAAGCCCUGGAGUUUCUGGUGGGCAGCUUGGAGCAGGCUAGCCUGCCCUGUCACUUCAACCCCAGUGUGAACCUCUUAGGCAGUUUUCGGGAAGAAGAGAUUGAUGACAUUGGCUAUGUACUGUACAGUGGUCUCCAGGUCCCUGAGAACCUGUUGUAGGUGGAUGAGGACUGUGAUUGGCUUGUUUUCUGAUGCUGGAGAGCAGCAAUCACCUCCCUCCCAGGACACUGUAUGUGGUUUGCUUUUAUUUUAGCCAGAGUGGAGGGGAGGAUACAUUACCUAAGUCCAUGGGUGGGCAUAUGCCUGGGUGAUGGUAACCAGGAUUCCCAAAUCCAGAGUCUGGGUUGCUGUCACCUAAUGUGGCUAGCCUGUUUUUGGCUUUCAGUGCCAGGUACACUGAUGCCCCCUGGCCCUCUGGGGUUAACUUAGGAUCUUGGGCUCAGUCUAUCAUCACCAGCAAUGAACUCACCAAGAAUGAGACAUGGCUUUUGAUUCCCUAGGCUUCACCUACUUAAAGACUGGUUCCAACAUUUUGCCAAGAAGGAAAUGUAAUGCUCUUGGUUGGGUGAUGGCCUCAGGUAUCCUGGAGGCACCCACAGCUGGUCAUUGAGUCUUGUGUUGGUGCUCCCUGGGGCUGGGUUCUCCUGGUGCCUCAGAGGGUGACUUCUCAGUUGUUGAAGGAUGGUGUUUCCCUGGUGGUCAUACAUUUGUUUUUCUGGUUGAGUCCUCAGGCCUUGCUGCCUGCCUGCCUUAUACCCCAGAGAAGGAAGGCCUUGUUUCCAGCUGCUUGGUGGGUUUUCUCUGUAGGUCACAAAUUACCUCUGGGAGAGCCCCUUCCUCAUUGAGGAGCUGAGCUCUGUGCUGUCUAUGCAAGGCUAUCCCAUAUUGCUGCUGCUGGACCUCACUGCAGGAUAGAGGAUAUGCCGCUCCCAGAGGCCUGUGUGCAGUCCUGGCCUCUACAGCGUGCCAAAAUAUUCAUGGUAAAUGUCUAUCUCCUUAGCUGGCAUCCUGGUUAAGGUGGCAUGACUGGAGGAUGGAAAUUACCUCCCUUGCCAGGGGGCCUUUCUAUUUUAGGUACCCUCCCACACACACACAGUGAAACAGCUAUUCCUU